AACUAAUUUUACUAAUAAAAAUAAAAAAAUACUAAGAAAAUUAAUAAAUUAUCUUUUUCUUUUCAAAUCAUAUUUAAAAUCAAACUACGACAACAUGGCUCCCAAUAUAACCAUACUACGGCACUCAUAUGCACGUCCAAUAAAACCUCACAUCGCUCAAGCAAAUCAAAACCCCGGCAAGAAAACCGAGCAAGCCCAGGUCAGGCUGCCGGUGCCCCCUCUCUACUGCUCCAUCCACCGCACCGCAGCUUCGCUGCAACCAAAUCCGGCGAGAUCCAAAACCCCAACACCACCAGUAGUACCGAGAGGAACAGGCCUGAGGAAAUGGCGGCGCGCGGCGGGUACCGCGCGGAGGACGACUACGACUACCUGUUCAAGGUGGUGCUCAUCGGUGACUCCGGCGUGGGCAAGUCCAACCUGCUGACGCGGUUCACCAAGAACGAGUUCUGCCUCGAGUCCAAGUCCACAAUCGGGGUCGAGUUUGCCACCCGCAGCCUCCAGGUAGACGGCAAGGUCGUCAAGGCCCAGAUUUGGGACACCGCCGGCCAGGAGAGAUACCGUGCUAUUACCAGUGCCUAUUAUCGAGGGGCAGUAGGUGUGUUGCUUGUCUAUGAUGUCACUCGUCGCACUACAUUUGACAAUGUGGAACGCUGGUUGAAAGAGCUGAGAGAUCACACUGACCCUAGCGUUAUUGUCAUGCUAAUUGGCAACAAAUCCGAUCUCCGACACUUGGUGGCUGUUUCAACUGAAGACGGGAAAGAGUUUGCUGAGGCUGAGUCACUGUACUUCAUGGAAACAUCUGCAUUGGACGCAACCAAUGUAGACAAUGCUUUUUCGGAAGUUUUGACACAGCUAUACCAAAUUGUGAGAAGGAAGACAGUGGACGCAGCAGAGGAUGGCUCAGCUGCCCCAAGCAAAGGGGAGAAAAUAAACAUGAAAGAUGAUGUGUCUGCACUAAAGAGGAUUGGCUGUUGCUCAAAUUAGGAUAGAGAAGAAAUGCUUGUUGAUUUUCAUCAAGGUGUGUGCUACUGGUUCAGCUUCAACAGAAUUAUUCAUUCUCUUUUUACUGUGGUGAUUUUUUAGUGUCAGAUUGAUUCAGCUCUGGCUUAAACCAUCACUUGGAAGUCGAAAUUGUGAACUCAAGAAUGUUUUUUUUCUGAAGUGUACUGCAAGCAUUA